AUGGCAACUUCGGCGUAUGCCUCGUCGCAGGAGCAGGCCUCGCAGAUGACUGCCCGUGUCAAGACUUUGACCGUUGAAAAGUUGAAGAUCCUCCUUAGAACAGAGGGUUUACCUGUUAGUGGUGUCAAGAAUGAAUUACAGGUCAGGGCUAUUGCACAUAUCGAGAGGCUGCGCAUGGCUGGUGACCAGGCUGGUUUGACCAGAGUGCGAGGCAAUAUUAGUGGCUUUCCUCCCACAUAUGGCUCAUCUGCCUACCCGUCGCCUUAUUCUCCCCACAAUUCAACGUCUUCGGCUUCUCCUCAUUACUCUUCCCCUGUUCCACAUCCUUCUUACAAUAUGCCUGGUUCAAACUCUUUGUCGAAUCGGAUCUCAUUCAAGAACUCUCCUUUCUACACGAUUACAAGAUCCCUAACCACAGUUCUCGAAUGCAAAGCCCGUGAGGCCACUCGUGACACGGCACGACUGACAGUUUCUUUUGAUCAAGGUCUUGUAGACCAACUAGCGCGGGAUCCAUCAUGCAGAAUAAUGGUCUUCUGCGCUGCUGAAGGCUUUCAACCGCUAUCAAAGGAAUCCGAGAUUGCCUUCCCCCAUAAUGUGGAACUCAAAUGCAACUCGGAUGAAGUCAAAGCCAAUUUGAGGGGUCUCAAGAAUAAACCUGGUUCCACCAGGCCUGCAGACAUCACUCAUCUCAUUCGGAAAAAGGCCAAUUAUCCCAACUCGGUUGAGAUGGUCUAUGCUCUGACCACCAAGGACAAACAAAAACAGAAGUUCUAUCUUGUGGUGAACCUGGUUCAACAGAAGUCCAUCCCGGCAAUGGUAGCUGAGCUCAGACGCGGAAGAGUCAUCACCAAGGACCAAGUUCUGCGAGAAAUGCGAACCAAAGCUGAAGAUCCGGAUGAGAUUGUUGCAACUUCGAGUGUCCUAUCUCUAAAGGAUCCGGUCGCAUAUACUCGAAUCACAACCCCUUGCCGAUCGAUCGGUUGUAACCACAACCAGUGUUUUGAUGCUGCUGCGUACUUACAGUUGCAAGAGCAAGCUCCGACCUGGACCUGCCCCAUCUGCAACAAACCGGCACCUUGGGAAAAUCUAGCUCUUGACCAAUAUGUGAACGAUAUUUUGAGCUCGACGUCGACGGAAACCGAGGCUGUCACAGUGAACCCUGAUGGUAGAUGGCAACUUCAGAAAGAAGACGACAGCAACAACAACAACAAUCGUCGAAGUAAUCCAACACCGAGUGAAGAAGAUGAGGAUGAUGAUCUAGUUGAAAUACGAGACGAUCCAUUCACAAAGCCCAAAGUGGACACACUUACGCCUCAUACUGUCAGGACUCCACCAUUAUCCUCGAGGGAAGAUUCCAGAGCACCAUCAAUGUCCGCCCCGAAAUCGGCGAGCAAGCGGCCACGGGAGGAUGUCAUUGAUCUGACCUUGAGUGAUGAUGAGGACGUUCCUGCUUCCAAAGCUCCAAGGAUGUCGAAUGUGUCUGCAUCGGAAUUGACGAGAACACAUCCCCUCGAUAAUCGGUAUUAUUUUCAACUGCCUCCUCCGAAUCCCUCGUCCGGUUUUAACUUUGAUAGGAUGCAUCCUUCUUUUUAA